UGCCCUACCUCCCUUUCGCUGUGGUCCACUCAGCCGGGUACAGCGGCAGCGGGCGGCGGCAGCAGCGGGAGCCAGAACAGCUAUAGCUCCGGCUUUCCAGACUGGAACUGUGGCCACGGCAGCAGCUCAGUGGGGGCACCUGUGCGGAGCAGGAGUAGCAGGACGAGGGGGUGGGGUUCUUGCCAGGCACUUUCCGAGCUCGAAGGAAGGGGACCCUCCCAGCUGAGAUUCCUCUGCUCAGCCGGAGCUCGCACGGAGCUGGGAAGACCGGUGGGUGUAGCCAUGUGCAGGACCAGCUAGAGGGCUGGGGUAGGUAAACGUUUGGUCCGAGUGUAGAGUGGCCGUGAAAGCUGUGUCUGGGACCAUGACAGCCUCCCGCCUGGACUUUGGGGAGGUGGAAACUUUCCUGGACAGACACCCAGACUUGUUUGAAGAUUACUUGAUGCGGAAGGGGAAGCAGGAGAUGGUGGAGAAGUGGCUGCAGAGGCACGGUGGGAGUCAGGGGGCGGUAGGCCCAAGGCCCGCAGUGGCCGGCACCGGCAGCUCGGCUCACAGUGGUGGCAGAGGCAGCGGCAGUGUUGCCGGUGGCACUGGACCAAAUAGCUCGGCCAACGGCCACCCCGCUCCGGGUGGCGCGGCCUGUGGCGGGGUUCCCCUGAGUCCCAGCUGGGCCAGUGGCAGCCGGGGCGAUGGAAGCCUGCAGCGGAGAGCUUCUCAGAAAGAGCUCAGGAAGAGUUUUGCUCGCUCCAAGGCCAUCCACGUGAACAGGACCUACGAUGAACAGGUGACUUCCCGGGCCCAGGAGCCCCUGAGCAGUGUGCGGCGGAGGGCACUUCUCCGGAAGGCCAGCUCCCUGCCCCCCACCACGGCCCACAUUCUCAGUGCCCUGCUGGAAUCGAGGGUGAAUCUGCCUCAGUACCCCCCUACGGCCAUGGACUACAAGUGCCACCUCAAAAAGCAUAAUGAGCGUCAGUUCUUCCUGGAACUGGUCAAGGAUAUCUCCAAUGACCUUGACCUUACGAGCCUGAGCUACAAGAUACUCAUCUUUGUCUGCCUCAUGGUGGACGCUGACCGCUGCUCUCUCUUCCUGGUGGAGGGGGCAGCUGCUGGCAAGAAGAGCUUGGUCUCCAAAUUCUUUGAUGUGCAUGCAGGAACCCCACUGCUGCCCUGCAGCAGCACAGAGAACUCAAACGAGGUGCAGGUCCCCUGGGGCAAAGGCAUCAUUGGCUAUGUCGGGGAGCAUGGAGAAACGGUCAACAUUCCUGAUGCCUACCAGGAUCGAAGAUUCAAUGAUGAAAUUGACAAGCUAACUGGAUACAAGACAAAAUCACUAUUGUGCAUGCCUAUCCGAAGCAGUGAUGGUGAGAUUAUUGGUGUGGCCCAAGCGAUAAAUAAGAUUCCUGAAGGUGCUCCAUUUACUGAAGAUGAUGAAAAAGUUAUGCAGAUGUAUCUUCCAUUUUGUGGAAUUGCCAUAUCUAAUGCUCAGCUCUUUGCUGCCUCAAGGAAAGAAUAUGAAAGAAGCAGGGCUUUGCUAGAGGUUGUUAAUGACCUCUUUGAAGAACAGACUGACCUGGAGAAAAUUGUCAAGAAAAUAAUGCAUCGGGCCCAAACUCUGUUGAAAUGUGAACGCUGUUCUGUUUUACUCCUAGAAGACAUUGAAUCACCAGUGGUGAAGUUCACCAAAUCCUUUGAAUUGAUGUCCCCAAAGUGCAGUGCCGAUGCUGAGAACAGUUUCAAAGAAAGCAUGGAGAAAUCAUCAUAUUCCGACUGGCUCAUAAAUAACAGUGUUGCUGAGCUCGUGGCUUCCACAGGUCUUCCGGUGAACAUCAGCGAUGCCUACCAGGAUCCUCGCUUUGAUGCCGAGGCUGACCAGAUAUCAGGGUUUCAUAUAAGAUCUGUUCUCUGCGUCCCUAUUUGGAAUAGCAACCACCAAAUAAUUGGAGUGGCUCAAGUGUUAAAUAGACUUGACGGGAAAGCUUUUGAUGAUGCAGAUCAACGACUUUUUGAGGCUUUUGUCAUCUUCUGUGGCCUGGGCAUCAACAACACAAUUAUGUAUGAUCAAGUGAAGAAGUCUUGGGCCAAGCAGUCCGUGGCUCUUGAUGUACUGUCAUACCAUGCAACAUGUUCAAAAGCUGAAGUUGACAAGUUUAAGGCAGCCAACGUCCCUCUGGUGUCAGAACUUGCCAUCGAUGACAUACAUUUUGAUGACUUCUCUCUUGAUGUUGACGCCAUGAUCACAGCUGCUCUCCGGAUGUUCAUGGAGCUGGGGAUGGUACAGAAAUUUAAAAUUGACUAUGAGACACUGUGUAGGUGGCUGUUGACAGUGAGGAAAAAUUAUCGAAUGGUUCUGUACCACAACUGGAGACACGCCUUCAACGUGUGCCAGCUGAUGUUUGCGAUGCUCACAACCGCAGGGUUUCAAGAGAUUCUGACCGAGGUGGAAAUUUUAGCGGUGAUUGUGGGAUGCCUGUGUCAUGACCUUGACCACAGGGGAACCAACAAUGCCUUCCAAGCUAAGAGCGGCUCUGCCCUGGCCCAACUCUACGGAACUUCCGCUACCUUGGAGCAUCACCAUUUUAACCAUGCUGUGAUGAUCCUUCAAAGUGAGGGUCACAACAUCUUUGCUAAUUUGUCCUCCAAGGAAUAUAGUAACCUUAUGCAGCUUUUGAAGCAGUCAAUAUUAGCAACGGACCUCACGCUGUACUUUGAAACCAAUCAAGAAAAUGAUGGUUCACCCAAGAUUGUUGUUGAAAUGACUUGGCACAUAGAGGGGAGGUGCGAUAAAAAUGAUCUGCGGAGAGCGUCGGAUACUCCGCAUGCAGCCCCGCCGGCCGCAGAGCUGGCUGUACGCUCCGUGCUGCUGACCAUUCAUUCACUCAGCGCGCCGUGCAGCUGCACAUCCCCACCGCAGACUGAACGAGACGAAGAAUGCAACAAAAGAUUAUUCAGGCUGUUUUGUUUGGUUCUGUUUUUCAGAUCAAUGUUAAUGACAGCCUGUGACCUUGGAGCCGUGACCAAACCGUGGGAGAUCUCAAGACAGGUGGCUGAACUUGUAACCAGUGAGUUCUUUGAACAAGGAGAUCGGGAGAGAUCAGAACUCAAACUCACUCCUUCAGCUAUUUUUGAUCGGAACCGGAAAGAUGAACUGCCUCGGUUGCAACUGGAGUGGAUUGAUAGCAUCUGCAUGCCUUUGUAUCAGGUAAUCAUGAUUUGGGAGGGACACUUCUCUGAUAACUGGCAGUUGAAACCACAAGCAGGUAUAAAAGAUGCAUACCAACCUUUUAGCAGUAAGUGUCAGGACCUUAAUAAGGUUCGUGAGAAAGCAUUUAUUGCUAUUAUUAUGUUUCCAGUUAUUUUAGUACAGAGGCAAAUGCUUAAGAUAAAAGACACAUUACUAAAGGUUUUACCAGCACUCAUGGCAACUGCUGUAAAAAGUAUGUCUACAAAGUGUCCACAGAGUCUUGAAGAGCUUGUCAAGAUUCACCAGGAAACUACCGGCUGGUUUGUGUUUCUGUCUCUGCUGCAUAAGAUUGGGUAUUAUGAUAAAAAUGUGGAAUGCAUCUGCAACAGUGAGUCCAGGGCUUGGACUAGCUCAUCUCUUAAAUCCUAA